AUGCUUGUUUUCUGUUCAGGAGUCUGUUUUCAGUUAAUCAUAAAAGAGCUGUCAGCCACAAAACAGGUUUACUUUUCAAAAAAUUCAGCAGCGUCUGAGAAACUUGAGAUGCAUACUAUAGUUCCCUGGACAUGCUUCCUACUAGCUUGUUGUCCACUGUAUGCUCAUGGUUAUGGAAAUGGACAAGUUCAACCUGCAUGCGUUACAAUGACCCCACAGCAUGGUGUUACAGAACAGACUGGACCAUCACCCUACUCUAUCACUGCUGAUCAAUCUACAUAUACUCCAGGGGCUAAGGUUAAAGUGACACUGAGUGGCAGUACCAAUAAUACCUUUGAAGGGUUUCUUUUACAAGCACGAGCAACGAAUAAUGCAUCCAACCCUCACGGAUCGUUUCAAGUCUCCAAUAAUGACUCACAAACCUUAACUUGUGGUGAUCUGGCAAAUUCUGCUGUAAGUCACACAUCUGACAUCAAGAAAAGUAACGUUGAAGUGACUUGGAUAGCCCCAAAUCAAAAAGAUGAUGAUAUUCAGUUCUGUGCGACAAUUGCCAAGAAUGGAAGAACUUACUGGGUUAAACUUCCAGGACCACAGCUUACAUAUAAUACAGCAAAUUCAAAUGUCUUUGCUUAUUUGGCUGUAUAG